AUGGCAUUUUACGAGUCUGAAGCAAAUCUUGAUGAUAUUCCCACUCUGGAUCUCUCUCGCUGUGGAGACCAGAAAUGUUUACAGACAAUAAAAGAAGCUUGCCAAGAACUGGGCUGCUUUCGGAUUGUAAACCAUGGAAUUGCACCAGACCUUCUCCUCAAAGCAGACCAGGCAUGCCGGGAAGUUUUCAAGCUUCCCACAGAAACAAAAAGAAAAAACGUGUCUUCUAAUCCUUUAGCGGGUUACUUGGGCGGUAUAUCUAAGAUCCCCUUUUACGAAAGCGAGGGCAUAAUCCUCGCAGAGCUUUCUCAUUCCGAGACCCUCAGAGACUUCUCUCGUCUCAUGUGGCCUCAUGGGAAUCAAAACUUCUGCGAAACUAUGCAAGAAUACACAAGUAAGAUGGUGGUACUGUUGAACGAAGUUCACAAAAUAAUUCUUGCGAGCUUUGGGGUGAGUGAGUACUUUGCCACUCACUUCGACCAUGGAAAGGCGAUCUUCCUUAUGAAUUUGUAUGAUGUAACGUCUGAACUUCUGGACGAAUCGAUUGGGCUUUCGCCUCAUACGGAUCUGAAUAGCCUUACCAUUCUGCAUGAAGAUGAGUGUGGCGGCUUCCAGAUUUGGAACAAGGCAGGCAAUUGGGUUGAUGUGAAAUCCAUCUCUAACUCCUUUGUGGCUGUGAUGGGUGACUGCUUUCAGGUUCCAUGGAUACAUCUCUUAAAUAUUAAACCAUUUUGUUCUAUAGAUUUUGGAUUAAAAAAGAGUAGAGAUAUUUUGCCUGUUCUGUUAAGAAUCCAAGAUUGCGGGGUAUCCAUUCUUCUGAAUUCACCUUUUAGAUGUUGGAGCUUUACACUCUAUUAG